AUGGGUGCUCAAGACUUCUGGGUGGUCAUCAUUGUUAUUGGGUUUUGCUUCCAAGCUCACGUUUCGAGCUCUCAGAACCUGACAUGCAAUCCAAAUGAUUUGAAAGCAUUGGAGGAUUUCAUGAAAGGCAUAGAAACUGUGAUUGAAGGGUGGGGGAACAAUUUAUCAUCUAAUUGCUGUGAAUGGGCAGGCAUCACUUGCAACUCUUCAUCCUCUCUUGGAUUGAACGAUUCCUCUAUAGAUACCUAUAGAGUGGUUAAGUUGGAGCUUCCAAAGAAAAGACUAGCUGGCAACCUCUCUGAAUCUUUAGGCAUGUUGGACCAGCUUAGAACCCUCAAUCUCUCUCACAAUUUCCUCAAACACUCGCUUCCGAUUCCACUUUUCCAUUUGCCAAAUUUGGAGCUGUUAGACUUGAGCUCUAAUGACUUCUCUGGCCCCAUUCCAGCCGAUAUUGAUUUACCUUCAAUCCAGUUCCUUGAAAUUUCUCAAAACUUUUUGAAUGGUUCCCUUCCACCUAGCAUCUGUAACAAUUCUACUCAGCUUCGGGCACUGAAAUUGGCUGUGAACUACUUUACUGGUGAUCUCCCACCAGGUCUUGGCAAUUGUAGUUCGUUGGAGGACCUCUGUCUGGGCAUGAAUACUUUUACAGGCGGUGUACCCGAAGGUAUAUUUCGCCUGCAAAAGCUAACCAGACUGAACAUUCAAGAUAACAAGCUUUCCGGGCAGCUCAGCAAAGAAAUUGGUAACCUCAUUAACCUUGUUCGCUUGGAUAUCUCGACUAAUGGGUUUUCAGGAACUAUCCCAGAUGUUUUCGACAGCCUUGGAAGAUUACAGUAUUUUGUUGCUCAUUCGAACAAUUUUAGUGGUCAGAUACCCCCUUCCUUGGCGAGUUCCCCGACUCUCUCUUUGCUUAAUGCGAGAAACAAUUCAUUGGAGGGUUCAAUUGAUCUUGAUUGUUCAGCAAUGACUAGUUUGGCCUCUAUUGAUCUAGGUUCCAAUCGGUUUUAUGGGCCUAUUCCGUCCAAUCUUCCCUCUUGUCGGCAUCUGAAUACCAUAAAUAUUGCCCGGAACAACUUUAGUGGCCAAAUACCAGAAAGCUUCAAGAAUUUUCAUAGCCUCUCUUACCUCUCACUGUCAAAUUCCAGCAUUUCCAAUAUUUCAUCUGCCCUUAAAAUCUUACAGCAUUGCCAGAACCUAACUACUUUGGUUCUCACCUUGAAUUUCCGUGAUGAAGAAUUGCCUGCUGAUCCAACCCUUCAUUUUGAAAAAUUGAAGGUUCUCAUCAUUGCAAAUUGUAGGCUAACAGGUUCAAUACCCCAAUGGUUGAGUAGCAGCAGCAGAUUGCAGUUGCUGGAUUUGUCAUGGAAUCGCUUGGAAGGAACAAUUCCAGUCUGGUUUGGCAAUUUUAGCAAUCUCUUCUACUUGGACCUAUCUAACAAUUCUUUUACUGGGGAAAUCCCGAGAAACAUAUCUGGACUACGGAGCCUCAUUGAUGGGAGGAUCUCAAUUCAGGAACCUUCCCCUGAUUUCCCAUUAUUCAUGAAAAGGAAUGUGAGUGCACGAGGAUUGCAGUAUAAUCAAGUUUGGAGCUUUCCACCAACACUGGAACUUAGUAACAAUAAUCUUAGUGGUCCAAUCUGGCCAGAGUUUGGUAAACUGAGAUUGCUUCAUGUUUUUGAUCUGAAGUGUAACAAUCUGUCGGGACCAAUUCCGAGUAAUUUAUCCGGGAUGACCAGCUUAGAGACUCUGGAUAUGUCUGGUAACAGGCUUUCGGGGAUAAUACCGCCAUCCUUGGUUAAUCUGAGCUUUAUGUCAAAGUUUAAUGUUGCAGACAAUCAAUUAUAUGGGCCGAUUCCUACAGGAGGUCAGUUUUGGACCUUCCCAAAUUCAAGCUUCGGAGGGAAUAAUCUUUGUGGUGACCAUUUCCCCCCAUGCUCAAAGGUGAGUAAUCCUCUUGGGCAAUCCAGAAAGUCAAGGAAAAACAGAGGAGUUAUUGUUGGUAUAGCUGUCGGAAUUGUGUUCGGAACUGCAGUUUUUCUUACUCUGAUGGCCAUAAUUGUGUUGCGGGCACAUAGCCGAAGAGAGGUUGAUCCUGAAAAAGAAGAACAUGACAGCAAUGGGAAAGAUUUGGAAGAACUUGGGUCAAAACUAGUAGUUCUGUUCCAAAACAAGGAUACUGAUAAGGAGCUCUCUCUUGAUGACCUUCUACAAUCAACCAACAAUUUUGACCAAGCAAAUAUCAUUGGUUGUGGGGGUUUUGGUUUGGUUUACAAGGCCAGCCUCCCUGAUGGUAAGAAGGUUGCAAUCAAGCGGCUGUCUGGUGACUGUGGCCAGAUGGACAGAGAAUUCCGUGCUGAAGUUGAAGCCUUGUCAAGAGCUCAACAUCCAAAUCUUGUCCAUCUUCAGGGGUAUUGCACAUAUAAAAGUGACAGGCUCUUGAUAUAUUCUUACAUGGAGAACAGUAGUCUGGAUUACUGGUUACAUGAAAAAAUCGAUGGCCCAUCCUCUCUAGAUUGGUAUAUGAGGCUUAAAAUUGCUCAAGGGGCUGCCAGAGGGCUUUCUUAUUUGCACCAAUCAUGCGAGCCCCAUAUCCUUCAUCGGGAUAUAAAGUCAAGUAACAUCCUUUUAGAUGAGAAUUUUAAAGCUCACUUGGCUGAUUUCGGUCUUGCCAGGCUCAUACUCCCCUAUGAUACUCAUGUAACAACUGAUCUUGUUGGGACAUUAGGCUACAUCCCUCCUGAGUAUGGGCAAGCCUCUGUUGCUACUUACAAGGGCGAUGUGUAUAGUUUCGGUGUUGUUCUUUUGGAGCUUCUAACUGGAAAAAGGCCUAUGGACAUGUGCAAGCCAAGAGGAUGUCGGGAUUUGAUCUCUUGGGCAUUUCAGAUGAAGAGGGAAAAGAGGGAAACUGAGGUCUUUGAUCCGUUCAUUUAUGACAAGAAGCAUGAUGAGGAACUUUUGUGUGUAUUUGAGAUUGCAUGCCUUUGCUUAAGCGGAAGCCCUAAGGUGAGACCUUCAACUCAGCAGCUAGUUUCUUGGCUCGACAAUAUCAGCACCAAAAAUUAG